AUGGAAUUUGCCGAUGAGGACCGUACCGCAAAAACUUCACUAAUAUUUGCACUUGAUGAAGAAACAUUCGGAAGUUUAUCAAAAGCAUUGCGUAUCUUUGAGGAGCACGGUGUUAAUCUUCUACGUAUUGAAUCACGUUUGGCGAAACAUAAUAAAACAGAUCAUGAGCUUUAUGUUGAAUGUGAUAAUAGAAUGGGAGGUGUUGCUGAAGCUGUAAAAGAGUUGAGAGAACGUAGUAAAUAUAUUCAUGUAUUAUCAACAGCGCACAAUUCCUCAAGACCAGUGCCAUGGUUUCCUCGAAAAAUCGGAGAGCUUGAUCAGUUUGCCAAUCGUGUGUUAUCGUAUGGAUCAGAGUUAGAGUCCGAUCAUCCAGGAUUUCGAGAUGUUUUGUAUCGAAAACGCCGGAAAGAAUUUGCUGAUAUAGCAAUAAACUAUCGUCAUAAUCAACCAAUUCCCCGUGUCACGUAUACCGAACAAGAAACUCAGACAUGGUCAACUGUGUUCAAAGAAUUAACACAACUGUAUCCAUCACAUGCUUGCAAAGAAUUUAAUAAUAUAUUUCCAUUGUUAAUUGAUAACUGUGGUUACACUCAAAAUAAUAUACCUCAAUUGGAAGAUGUAUCACAGUUUUUAAGAGAUUGCAGUGGCUUUCGUUUACGACCAGUUGCUGGCUUAUUAUCAUCACGAGACUUUUUAGCUGGUCUUGCCUUUCGUGUAUUUCACUCAACACAAUAUAUUCGACAUUAUAGCGUGCCAAUGUAUACACCAGAACCCGAUGUUUGUCAUGAACUACUUGGACACGUUCCAUUGCUUGCUGAUCCAGAUUUUGCUGAAUUUAGCCAAGAAAUCGGUUUAGCCUCUCUUGGAGCACCGGAUGAAUACAUCACACAUUUGGCCUCAGUUUAUUGGUUUACGAUUGAAUUUGGUUUAUGUGUGGAAAAUAACGAACGUCGUGCAUAUGGAGCUGGUCUGUUAUCUUCUUUUGGAGAAUUACAGGUAUAUCAUGAAAACUAACCCAGGUCCAAAAAAACGGCCCGUUAACGGCCAGUUAAUCUCCAGUAAACGGUCAACACAAAAAACGGCGCGUUAACGUUAUGGAAACGGCAGAAAAACGCCCAGUAAACAAGUCGUUAACUUGC